GCUUAGCGCAGUGUCUGCCCCAUAGGCACCACUCAACAAAUUACGGUUAUUAUUUUGACUGCCGAGCUCUCAACCAUUCGGGAUUCGGGUUCUCAUUUUCAGGGGAUGGAACCGGUCACAGAUGGUCUCCGGGGUUGCUGCCAGUCUCCGUCUCCGGUUUCAAGCAGGAACCAACUCAGUAUUGCCAAACAAACCAAAGGAACCGUCCAUGCGACCAGGCGGGGCCGCCGGGCUGCGAGUCUCAGCACCCGCCCCUUACCACAGACGCCAAGGGCGGGAUUGAACCCGUGCCGGACUCCGUCUCACUCUCCCCUGCGACUAGCCUUGAGCAGAACAGGCGGCAAAGGGCAAAACUCCAGAGCUAACUGGGUCCAGCCCACCUUCGCCGGCGCCCACCACACCCCUUCCGGCUGGGACCCCGCCCCCAACAAUGGCCCCGCCCCUCCAGGCCCAUUCCCGUUUACAGGCCCCGCCUCCAGCCCCGCCCCACCGCGAGCCGGGCGCUUAGGUCUUUCAGCCCGCGGGCGGCCACGUCCUCCCCCGACGCUCUGAGGUCACCGACCGGGCUGGCCGGCAGGGGGCGGAGGGACGGAGGGAAGAUGGCUGCCGAGGCCGGAUAUUGGCGCCGCCUCCCCCAGUCGCGGAGCCGGCGCAGAUGAGGCGGCUCGGCUGGGGCCAGCGGCGCUUCGCAACCCGAGCCGGGGGGACCCUGGCGGUGGGGCCUGGCCCUGCUCUAUGCCGGCGCCUCGGCUAGCGUGAGCGGUGGCGGUAACGCCUCUCUUCCCCGCGCUUCCCCUGCGGCUUGGGAGUCGGAGCGGGCGGCGCGGCCGGCAUGGAGGACGUUAACUCCAAUGUGAACGCGGACCAGGAGGUGCGGAAGCUGCAGGAGCUGGUGAAGAAGCUGGAGAAGCAGAACGAGCAGCUGAGGAGCCGCUCGGGAGCCGUGCAGGGUGCAGGCCUCCUCGGGCCGGGCAGCCCUGCUCGGGCCGGCGUGUCCACCCCUUCCUCGGGCGCGGCGUCCCCUCGGGGCUUCCCGCUGGGCCUGGGCGCCAAAGCGAGCGGCGGGGCGGGCUCCGGCCCGCGACGGACCAGCAGUGAGGACCUGCGGGACGCCACCUCCUUGCUGGCGGCCGGCGAGGGCGGUUUGCUGGACGAGGUAGAGCCGCUGCGGCCCGAAGAGCUGGAGCGCUUGUCAGGCUGGGAGGAGGAAGAGGAGAGCUGGUUGUACUCAUCACCAAAGAAAAAACUCACACCAAUGCAGAAAUCUGUUAGUCCAUUAGUUUGGUGCAGGCAAGUUUUGGAUUACCCAAGUCCUGAUGUGGAAUGUGCUAAAAAGUCCCUUAUCCACAAACUUGAUCAAACUAUGUCAGCUCUCAAGAGGCAAAAUUUAUACAAUAAUCCUUUCAACUCUGUGAGUUAUUCAAGUCCGUAUAGUCCAAAUGCCAGUAGCCCUUACAGCAGUGGCUUCAACUCUCCAUCCUCAACACCAGUGCGGCCUCCCAUAGUCAAGCAGCUUAUACUUCCUGGAAAUUCAGGUAACUUCAAAAGUUCAUCAGAUAGAAAUCCUCCACUCAGCCCUCAGUCCUCUAUAGAUAGUGAGUUAAGUGCUUCAGAAUUAGAUGAAGAUUCAAUUGGAUCCAACUAUAAGCUAAACGAUGUAACUGAUGUGCAGAUUCUAGCCCGGAUGCAGGAAGAAAGUCUCCGGCAAGAGUAUGCAGCCACCACCUCUCGACGCAGUUCUGGUUCAUCUUGCAAUUCUACGCGGCGGGGCACUUUCAGCGAUCAGGAACUGGAUGCACAGAGCUUGGAUGAUGAAGAUGACAGUAUGCAUCAUGCAGUAUACCCUGCCGUUAAUAGGUUUUCUCCAUCACCACGAAAUUCACCCCGACCAUCUCCUAAGCAGUCACCUCGAAAUUCACCUCGUUCACGGUCUCCUGCCCGGGGCAUAGAAUACAGCAGAGCGUCCCCACAGCCUAUGAUUAGCCGCUUGCAGCAGCCUCGCCUUUCCCUCCAAGGCCAUCCCACAGAUUUACAGACAAGCAAUGUUAAAAAUGAAGAAAAACUUAGACGCAGUCUUCCAAACCUAUCCCGAACAUCGAACACACAGGUUGACUCCGUGAAAAGCAGUAGAAGUGACUCCAAUUUUCAAGUGCCAAAUGGAGGAAUACCUCGAAUGCAGCCUCAGGCUUCAGCCAUACCUUCUCCAGGCAAGUUCCGCUCCCCUGCAGCACCAUCUCCAUUGGCUCUUCGGCAACCAGUGAAAGCAUUUAGUAACCAUGGCUCUGGUUCUGGUAGCCAAGAAACUACCCAGUUCCCACAAACCACCUCCUCACCUGGGCCUCCCGUGGUGCAGAACACAGCCCCAGCAAACCCUUCCAGCAAUAUCAACAGCGCCACUCUAACCAGACCUGCAGGGACAACUGCAAUGAGGAGUGGCCUGCCCCGGCCUAGCGCCCCUUCUGCGGGGGGCAUCCCAGUGCCUCGCAGCAAGCUUGUCCAGCCUGUUCGAAGAUCUUUGCCAGCUCCUAAAACCUAUGGUAGCAUGAAAGAUGACAGUUGGAAAGAUGGCUGUUACUGACCAGCAGAGAUGAGGACACAUGUCCACAGCUUCAUGGACACCCCUUCACCAAGCUGAAACCAACUUUUAUAUGCAGACUCUUCAGAUGAGACUCUUGGGUUUGCAAACUCCCAGCCUCUCUGUCUUAAUAGCACAACUGACGGAGACGAGGAAGCAGCACUUUAAAGCCACGUGACAUCGGAUGUGUUUGGUAAUCAUGCAGUCCCUCUCCAUGGGCUCACUUAGCUUUGUUCACUAGAAACACGGUUCAUUUUAUUAUUUGACAGAGGCCAAUAUCUGGGCAAAUACCUACUGGAUGCCAAAGAGAAAUGCCCAUUUGUAAAGAGAGUACCUGUGUACAUGGAAAGAUGGUGAGCCUAGGCUAUCCAAAACCUCGCCUUCAACCUACUCUGCUGUACAAAUAGUAUCAAUAAAUACUGUGUUAACAAGAACUAGUAUUCUGACUAAUUAAAUUGUCUGAUUAGCCCUUCAGGAUACAGUAAAUUAUAAAGAUUGGGAGAGAAAAAGGAAAGACCUGAGCUAAAGACUUAAACUGUCCUACUACCUGUGUUUAGGAAAGAUUUAUAAAUUACUUUUGCAAGCUCACUGGGAAAAGUACCUUACAAUUUAAACAUAGUUCUAUGUAGCCAUGUCCAGAUGGUGUCCCAGUGCACGCCCACAGCCUUGCAUCAACACCUCAGACUUGUGUGUACCUGUUUCUGAUUGCCAGAAGGGCUCACUGUCAGUUGUACAAUCUCUAACUUUGUAGUUCCUGGCUCAGGAAGGACGGCCUUUGCCAUUGAAGCCAACUCACUCACACGCUGUUUUCUGUCACGCAACUAAAGAUCUCGUUUCCAUCCCCAGGUUUCUAUGAUGUGAAAGAACAGUUAUAUGUGUCUUUGUUCUUGACAAAAUAACACCUCAGAACUUACAACCUGGAAUAAAACCAUAUCAUAAGAGGAGGGGAAAUCUAUGCACUUAACUAUAAGAAUCUCUGGUGAUGACAGUUGUAUUGUUGCUCGUAAGCGGCAGAACGGUCUGUUAUGUGGUAGUCGAUCCACUUUAAACUGAAUAACUGUAUGAAGUAUCUUUUUAAAAUACUGUCCCUUUUAACUUAGAUUCUGCCUUACAUCAGCGUUUUCAUUGUUUGGUAACAAAUCAUCCAACUCUACCUUGCUAAAUACUUGCUCUCUGAUGGCGUAUGUGUGUAUGCCCCUUGUUGCUCUCUGAUGGCGUAUGUGUGUAUAUGCCCCUUGUUGCUCUCUGAUGGCGUAUGUGUGUGUGUAUAUGCCCCUUGUUGCUCUCUGAUGGCGUAUGUGUGUAUGCCCCUUGUUGCUCUCUGAUGGCAUAUGUGUGUAUGCCCCUUGUUGCUCUCUGAUGGCAUAUGUGUGUAUAUACCCCUUGUUGCUCUCUGAUGGCGUAUGUGUGUAUAUGCCCCUUGUUGCUCUCUGAUGGCGUAUGUGUGUAUAUGCCCCUUGUUGCUCUCUGAUGGCGUAUGUGUGUAUAUGCCCCUUGUUGCUCUCUGAUGGCGUAUGUGUGUAUAUGCCCCUUGUUGCUCUCUGAUGGCGUAUGUGUGUAUGCCCCUUGUUGCUCUCUGAUGGCGUAUGUGUGUAUAUGCCCCUUGUUGCUCUCUGAUGGCGUAUGUGUGUAUAUGCCCCUUGUUGCUCUCUGAUGGCGUAUGUGUGUGUGUAUAUGCCCCUUGUUGCUCUCUGAUGGCGUAUGUGUGUAUAUGCCCCUUGUUGCUCUCUGAUGGCAUAUGUGUGUAUAUACCCCUUGUUGCUCUCUGAUGGCGUAUGUGUGUAUAUGCCCCUUGUUGCUCUCUGAUGGCGUAUGUGUGUAUAUGCCCCUUGUUGCUCUCUGAUGGCAUAUGUGUGUAUAUACCCCUUGUUGCUCUCUGAUGGCGUAUGUGUGUAUAUACCCCUUGUUGCUCUCUGAUGGCGUAUGUGUGUAUGCCCCUUGUUGCUCUCUGAUGGCGUAUGUGUGUAUAUGCCCCUUGUUGCUCUCUGAUGGCGUAUGUGUGUAUAUGCCCCUUGUUGCUCUCUGAUGGCAUAUGUGUGUAUAUACCCCUUGUUGCUCUCUGAUGGCGUAUGUGUGUAUAUACCCCUUGUUGCUCUCUGAUGGCGUAUGUGUGUAUGCCCCUUGUUGCUCUCUGAUGGCGUAUGUGUGUAUAUGCCCCUUGUUGCUCUCUGAUGGCGUAUGUGUGUAUGCCCCUUGUUGCUCUCUGAUGGCGUAUGUGUGUAUAUGCCCCUUGUUGCUCUCUGAUGGCGUAUGUGUGUAUGCCCCUUGUUGCUCUCUGAUGGCGUAUGUGUGUAUAUGCCCCUUGUUGCUCUCUGAUGGCGUAUGUGUGUAUGCCCCUUGUUGCUCUCUGAUGGCGUAUGUGUGUAUAUGCCCCUUGUUGCUCUCUGAUGGCAUAUGUGUGUAUAUACCCCUUGUUGCUCUCUGAUGGCGUAUGUGUGUAUAUGCCCCUUGUUGCUCUCUGAUGGCGUAUGUGUGUAUAUACCCCUUGUUGCUCUCUGAUGGCAUAUGUGUGUAUAUGCCCCUUGUUGCUCUCUGAUGGCGUAUGUGUGUAUAUGCCCCUUGAGAUCAGCUGCUUUGUUUUUAUCGGAUUAUUACCAAACUAUAACUCGAUCUGACUUCUCAUUUUUUUAUAAUGAGGUCUGUUUUUUAAAUACUUAAUCUGGACAGUUUUAAAUAUUGGCAGUUGGGUCACAUAAAGGCUGGGGGAUUUGAACUCGUUUCCUGUAAGUAGAGGAUGUUCUGUAAGGUGCAAGUAGAACUGCAGAAAGAAAGGGAAGGAAAGUUUCCCGCUCAGGAAAACAUUGAGUUGAUGAUAACAGAGACCCAGUCUGGCUGACCUGACGCUGGACCAGCAGGGAGACACAGAGCUCGCUAGCACAGGCAGCGCCAGUGCCGGAGCUAGAGUGUAGAAUGGAAGACAUUGUGUCCUUGCAUUUGAAGGGAUGAGAGGGAGAGGAGGGUGUCACAGCUACCCAUAAUGAUGAACUAAAAACUAUUGUUUUUCCUAGGAAGAUGGAACAUGUGCUUUGGCGCAGUGUGUCUCAUAAGUGACAAAGAAGUAGCCGCUGUCUCUGUAGAGUCACAUAUGCACACAGCAAGCAGGUCUCUGUUCAGUGUAACAGUUGAAAAAAUAAUAAAUGCUGCAAUCUAAUAAUUUAAAAGAACUUUAAUGAACCAUCUAUUACAUUUUUUAAGUUAGAUAAUCAGUUUCAAAAGGAUAUUCAGGUUAUUUAACAUUGUUUUUAAAUGGCUGCAUCAGAAAAAAAUCUAUUUUUUUUUAAUUAAACUAUUUCAUCACUUGUUUAAAAAUGUAUUUUGGAUCUGAGUUUGGUGAUAUUAUUUCGGCUGCUGCUGUACUACCACAGAUUAUUGGCUUUUGGUUUCCUAAAGAGAAAAAUUGCCUUUUUACUAGAAAGCCUUUGUGUAUUGCCAGUUUUUCUGUUUGGGAAAAUCUAAGGAUUGACUGUGGUUAGUCUUACAGAAGAAAUGUGGAUUUGAUGAACUAGUGCCUAUGAUUUUAACUUAUGUUUGAUAUAUAGUAGUAGGGUUGUAAAUGUUGAUUAUUUUGUGCCAACAGCCCAGAAUUGUCACUUGUGUGUCAGCAGAAACUACGACCUCUGCGUCCAAAGUUAUUUAAUUUUCUCAGUGUUUGGAUGUUAUUUUUUGUAAGUGUGUUAAUAAAAGUGUAAAGAAUUGGAAAAAUAUAAAUAUUCUUAACUCAA